UCACUGACUGACCACAGCCAGUAGCAUCCUUGACUUCGUGGUUAUGUCUCGCGACGGGACGCGAGAUCCAGGCGGUCGUGUUGAUAUUUUUUUCCCUCCCCGGUCCGCGUUGAAAGUCAUCGCGGUCGUUCCUGUUCGUCGCGAGUUAAAUUUACUCCCGCCGUCUCCCUCCCGCUCGUUCUCUCACUUUAUCCCUCUGUCUCGCCCCCCAGCUGAGCGAGCUCGGCUGUUUACGUUUCGCGCGCGCCUCAAGGACCAGGUGCCCGGGAACGAUGAGAAAUAUGUGUGCACGUAUACGCGCGACUCGAUAACGCUCGGCCGCGAAGUAUGUCAGCGGGCACCACGGAUUCGAACGAGACUGUCACGCGCGCGGAACGCACUCACGAUGGCAGUUACGAAUCGCUGCAGGCUGACCUCGACCUCUCGGACCUGUUGGACCUGUUGGACCUGCAGCUCGAGGACGUCGACGAUGACUACUGGUUGUACAUGCCUGCGCGAUGCUCAACCGAAUCUUCAAUUCAGGAUCUACGUGCCUGGCUGAAGACCGAACUGGACUUGGACGUUCAAAGUAACAAAAAAUGCCUCGACACGAGAACAUUCACAAGACCCAAGAAACGAUCGGCUCUGAUGAGCUUCGAAUCGAUUUUCGAAGAGCUGCCGCAUCCUACAACAGAUAUACGGACGCAAGAUAUAAAUGUUACGUUCAUAGAAAAUAUGGAAAAAUGUUUACCCGCAACAAUUGGAAGUAACGAAUUUGUAUCACCGAUCCUGAAGCCAUCCACUGGAGCAGUUAUGGCCAUCUUGUCCGACGAAAGCUCGGCGAUGUCGGGGCAGAAAAGUAUGGGAGCCUUUCUGAACAUGUUCAAAGGAACAAAUCCAUUUAUAAAUUUAGACGAGUCCGAGUUCAGCGAUCUGUUGAUGAACGUUUCGCAGCCGUCCGUUCUGGGUACGUCCAUCAUUGCAUCUAUGAACGAGUCUAUAUUUAUUAAAAACGGCACAAUGUCACUAACAAAUAAAAGCAUGGCUCAAAAUGGUCUCGACGUGGAAGAUGGCUCGAACUCCGCUAACAUUAAUAAGACAUUCGUGAUGCGAAACGCGGACAAUACGAUUACACUUGACGACAUGGGUCGCACAAAUAGUCUAAGUAACACCUGCGACGAAUCUCGUCGACUGAAUAAAGGCUUGAAUGCGAUAUAUGACGAAGUUCCUGGUGAAACCUCAGCGUCAAGAUCGAGUCUCGACAGGAGAGAGACAGCUGUUUUGUCUUCCACUUUUGUAACCGGGCCUAACGCUAAUGCUACCUUCGUGCAAUCGCUAAAUAAAGCGAGUAAUGACAUUUCGUCACUGGGUACAACAUAUCUGUGCUUAGCGAGAGGCGCCGGGAAACCGGAUUCGCCCGUGUCGAUUGUUGACGACAUCAGAUCCGUUGCGCUUCUCACGCGCGAGGCACACGCGAAGGCGAACGCCCUCGAUGUAUCUUUCAACGUGCCUAUGUGUCAACAAUCCACGCCGAUAAAUCCAAACAUGCUUGGUACAAGGCCGAAACUCGCCACGAAGCCUCCGUAUCAGCCGCAGCAAACUGUGUAUCCCACGUCGUUGAGGCAGGAACUCCUGGCGAAGAUUCAUCGAAACAGCGAGCGCAAGCUGGACUCCACGUACAAUCAUAUCACUAGCGAUCAUUCCGGCGUGAGAGACACGAGAAAGAACAUUCACGUGGCCGGCAACAAGGAUGAGACCGACGUAGUUCCGACCAACAAAUACCACACGUACAAGAAGACGGCAUUUACGGCCAAUCAGUGUUCAAGCCAGAACGAAGCGCCUGUAACCGUUCAAAAGAAAUUUUAUACCUUCACGAAGAAGAGCAACCCCGUCGAGAGAACUGACAAUGUCGCGAGCGAGGCGCGUCCGAGCAUGGACAGCACGUUUUGCAAGCCCGUUAUCUCGAAGGCGCAGCCAAAGAGAAACGUACCGAGGGCGUGGUCGAAGUUGCCGCAUUUCCUGCAAAAGUCCAAUCCCAAUCUUGUGUCGGGCUCGCUGAGGGGCGCCGGCGGCAUUGCCGUUGGUCGCAUGUCUAGUAUAGGAUACAUUAAGGGCUCACAACCCAAUAUCGUGCAGAACGUCGCAGGGAAGUCGCAACUGCCCAAGAGGAUGCAUCUGUACGGCAAGAUGAAGAGCGGCUCCGAGCAGCGUUUGCUCGAGGCCAACGUGAAUACGAAUAAUCAGUUUCCGACAGGCGCGAUUGCCGGCUCGACGGAGAGCAUAGAGAGCACGCACAGCGCUCCCGAGCUGGGUGACAGACUCAGCGCGUGCUCCGACAGCAGUGGUCCUAAUUCGCUCACCACGCGAACGAAGAAUACCGAGCAAUUGCACGAGCUAGUGCGAAUGCAGGAGGAGAGUUUGAAGCAGGACUCUGCGCCCAAACCGGACCGACAAGUUCUUGAGAACACGUGGGUUGAAGCGGAGAUACCGAGAACGGAUUUGCCUUCCCCGAUUAUGAAAAACGGUGUAGAACAUUGCGAAGCUAACAGACUAUUAUUAUAUAUGAACUCAAGUAUGCAAUGUAGCUCUCCAAUAAACAGUCCCGCUGAGUCUAGUCAUGCGUUAAACAACGAUGGAAGUGCCGAAGGUAACAUAGCGAAGACCAAGGAUGAGAUUGUAGUGGGUGAGAAGACAGAGGGCCCGAUUCAAGUAGUGCCUAAAAUUGAGAAUAAGACUCAGUUGGGACAGCCGACCGAUUGGAGUGCCGGAAGCAAGCCAGCUGCUGUGAUAAGCGAGACUCCUAGGCCCGCGUCGCGUAUACCGGCUUUCAAAUUUGUACGGCCGAACUCGAAAACCACUUGAGCCGACUUGAGGAAAGUGUGCACACGAAAUCCCGAACGGUGAAAACAUGCAACGAGGAAAAGUAGAAACUUUUGCAAAUAUUUAGUUAAUUGUCGUAACCGCUAAUGUGAUGAGAAUAACAGGGUUAGAUUUUUGGUUCAAUUAUAUAGUAAAGUUUCUCGAAGCAGAUAAAAAUUCAGUAUUAUUGAGCUUCCAAGAUGGAUUAUUAUUAUCUGCGUGAUCUUUCUAUUUAGUUUGUAACAUUAGUGAAGUGUCACCUCGUGUUAUUCCUAUUUAAUAUAUAUGCAUCUUUUACUUUUUGAAGUAUAAUUGUCUUGCUAAGUAACGAUUGCAAUUAUUUAUACUAUUAUUAUAUGCAAACGUGCAAAAUAAUUCGGGAGUUCGUCUAUUAAUUGCUAAAUAAUAUUUAAAAAAUGCGAUUCAUUUCGCGGGUAAGUUCAUUUAAGGGAUUUGUUCUGUAAAAAUGUAAUACUGUACCUCUAAGCUGUGUAGCGCUAUAGAGUAAGAGAGAAAGAGCUACAGAACUUAUGGAGCAAAAAUCUUGCAGAAUACACCCCCAAGUCAUAAAUCGUUGCCAAAACCAAGAUUUCAAGAUGUAAAUCACAUCGGUGUUUGUAAUUUCUAUAGGAUGUAGAACUCGACAUUUCCGUUCGGUAUUUUAUACGAAAAAAAGGCUACUUUACACAAUAGUCAAUACAAAGAAUGGCAAUAAACCUAAGAUCUUUGUACAUAAAAGUGAUAUGUAUAGCGUUAUGAAACAAUCGUUCAAAUAUUUUCUAUUAAAUAAUAUAAGAUCAGCCGAUAAAUUAUAAAAGAUGUUCACGGAAACAAAAGACUGCGAGUGUAAUUGAAAUUUUUGCAGGUAAAAUUCCCUUUUUAUCUCAUCUCCGUCCUGCUCGACAGUGUAUAGCCGGUUUCCUGUUCAUAAAAUUACCUGUCAUAUUUUGUCAAAUAACCUGAGACAUAUCGCGCUUACAUAUAUGUAUAUAUACAUAUAUGGCCGAACGCGAAAACCGUACGUAUAAGAAAGUUGUACGAGAUGUACGUUCAUUUGACCAAGAAAACAAAACUACUAAUUUAAUUUAAAUAUUCUAAAGAAUUGUCAUUUACACACACACAAUAUAUUACGGUACACCAUGGCGAAACAUAUAAAAAAUGCUGUUUAUACAUUAAUAUAUAAUUAAACAACAUUUUUUAUUAUGUGAAAAGUACCCUAAGGUCUAAUGAUUUAUAUUCUGUUAAUUAAAUCGUCGAAAUAUUUAUUUAAACUCUAAUAUUUAUUCUGCAUUCGGAGAUAAUGCAAGUUAAUUUUAAUUGCAAACCAAAAUUGAAGUAAUGUGUUUGCCUAUUAUAGUAAAUAAUAAACCGAAUAAGCGAUUGUCGUAUCGUAAUCUUUAUUUAAUAUCGAUAAGUGCUAGACCUUAAGUGCCUUUAUUGUAUUAAUCGAGAUAGAAACAGCGAUUUUUUGUACGUGAAGAAUACAAGAACUAAGAAAAUGCGCUCACUAAUCUACCAAGGUUUACUGCCCAAGUAAUGCUGGAAAUAUUUCAUGUUACGUUUUUUUUAUAAAUCUUGUAAUAAAUAAUAUAUCUUGUAAUAAAUAAUAUACACGUUACUAUAUGUAUCUUUACCCGUUUCUACUCUAUUAGAAUCAAACGAUGUGCAUUCGUUUUUAGAAAAUUGUUAAUUUAAAGUCCCUUGUUUUGUACGUCGCGCAUAGGAAAACAUUUUUCUUUCAGCAUUUAAUAAACAAUAUUUAGAUACAUAUAAUUAAAGUGAUUUCGUAUAUUAAAUGCAUCGCUUUUAUAAAAGUACAUACUUCAGUACGAUUUUUUCUCAUUUCUCAUACGUUUUUAUGAAAGGAGAACGAAUAACUUAUUACGCUACAU